AUGAAUUUAGAUCAAGAGUGCAACAAGGUGUUGGUAGAGUUGAAAAAGAUCCAGAAACCAGUUCCAAAGACCAACUCCUCCCGGAAGCUUGCCCUGAACAACGCCCCCCGCCCCCUCCUUCGGUGGAACAGCCCACUGUACGGAAUUGGCGCUAAGAUGGCGGCCUCCAUGGAGGAAAGCCUCGGCACAGCCAUGUUCCUCGCCCAACAACGCCACUCGUGGACAAAGUCCCUGCAGAUCCGUAACUGCACCUUGCUCAGAGGAUCUGUGUCAUUUGAGGACGUGGCUGUGGAUUUUACCCGACAGGAAUGGCACAGCCUGGACCCCGCUCAGAGGACCAUGCACAAGGAUGUCAUGUUGGAGAACUACAGCAACCUGGCAUCUGUGGGCCUCUGCGUGGCCAAACCAGAGAUGAUCUUCAAGUUGGAGCGAGGAGAAGAGCUGUGGAUAUUAGAGGAGGAAUCCCCAGGCCCUGGUUACCCAGGAUCUCUCUCACUGCUGUGUGACAACAGUUCUGUUGAGGGUAAUGCCCUCGGGCAUGAUUAUGACCUCCGGCAUCAGAAGAUUCAAACGUUGGACCAAGCUGUUGAAUAUAAUGGAUACGGGAAAAUCUUCUACAAGAAAACAGGCUUUGUUGGUCCUAAAAAGGCACACACAGGGGUAAAAAACUUUGGAUGUCACGAAUGUGGGAAAGCUUACUGCCGGAAAUCAAACCUUAUUGAACAUCUGAGAAUACACACAGGGGAGAGACCUUAUGAAUGCACAGAAUGUGCAAAGACCUUUAGUGCAAGGUCAUACCUCAUUGCUCAUCAGAAAACUCACACAGGGGAGAAACCCUUUGAAUGUAACGAAUGUAGGAAAUCUUUUGGCAGGAAGUCACAACUCAUUCUACAUCAGAGAACGCACACAGGAGAGAGACCCUAUGAAUGUACCGAAUGUGGGAAAACCUUUUCUGAGAAGGCAACCCUCAUGAUUCACCAGAGAACUCACACAGGAGAGAAGCCCUACGAGUGUAGUGAAUGUGGAAAGACAUUUCGAGUUAAGAUAUCCCUUACCCAGCACCAGAGAACUCACACAGGGGAGAAACCAUACGAAUGUGGGGACUGUGGGAAGAACUUCCGUGCAAAGAAAUCCCUAAACCAGCAUCAAAGAAUUCACACAGGCGAGAAACCCUAUAAAUGUGGUGAAUGUGGGAAAUUCUUCAGAAUGAAAAUGACUCUCAAUAAUCAUCAGAGGACUCACACAGGUGAAAAACCCUAUCAGUGCAAUGAAUGUGGGAAGUCUUUCAGGGUACACUCAUCUCUUGGGAUACAUCAGCGAAUUCACACAGGAGAGAAACCUUAUGAGUGUAAUAAAUGUGGUAAUGCCUUCUACGUAAAAGCACGCCUCAUUGAACACCAGAGGAUGCAUUCAGGAGAGAAGCCCUAUGAAUGUAGCGAAUGCGGAAAAAUCUUCAGUAUGAAGAAAUCCCUUUGUCAACACCAGAGAACUCACACGGGAGAGAAACCCUACGAAUGUAGCGAAUGCGGAAAUGCCUUCUACGUGAAAGUACGCCUCAUUGAACAUCAGCGAAUUCACACAGGAGAGAGACCCUUUGAAUGUCGGGAAUGUGGGAAAGCCUUUUGCCGGAAAGCACACCUCACAGAACAUCAGAGAAUCCACGUAGGCCGGCCCUUGCCUUGUACAAUGGAGAAAGCUUCUUCGUGA